AUGUUUCGACUUGAAUAUAGUCUGAGUCACCCUCAUCCCAAGGGCCGUUUAUUUUUCUUCGCGACUCUCGUCAUAUUUCUGCUCUCUUUGCCGGUCAUAGUAAUUGUGAAUAUCGUCACCCUAGGCUCUGAGUUGGUUCCAUCUCUGCAACCAAACUUUGAGUCUAAUUCACGUUUGGAUAACUGGUGGGACGCGCACCGCCUACCGCCUCUAUUGCGUCCAAAACCCGCACGAUGCGAGCCCAAAGAUUUGGGUAGAGGUGAUACGUUUCGACUCACGCCAUCGCUGUUCGACUACACUGUCUUGAGCACAUGGAAUGCAUCCAAGCCGGUUGGAGCUGACGGGGUACGGGUGCAAGAACGUGUCGAAUAUCGAGGACAACAUUUCAGUAGCUGCUAUGCGAACACCGCUCGCUUUGAAUACAGUCUAGUUGAGCAAACGCAGACGGUUAAUGUCGGUGUAGAAUGCCCUGGAAAUCAAACCGUUGAUUAUCCGAUAUAUGUGUCAAUGCAAACUAACAUGGUAUUCGCCGUGGAGCUCAACAAAGACUUCGUUGGGCAGUACUAUGGUUCCAUUCGAGGAAUUGACUCCAUCAACGAAACAAGUUCGACAGAUUAUCGAAAACAGGUCCUAGCAGCGAUUCAAGCGAUUGCGACCGACUCUUUGGCCAUUAUGAGCAAAAAUCAUCUCUCAAGUCCUGCCUUGAGUAUGAGAUUAAGCUUCAACGUAGAUCCAGAUACGGCUGAGCCCAUACCCAGCACGUCAGCAUUAACAUACGUGAAUGGAACUUAUGCUGCAACAUUUCCCUCUGAGGCAUUCAUUUACACGAACACUAUUUACAACCUGGUAAACACUGCCAUCAGCGCGGUCAACCUAGACCUCCUGAAUAAUAAAACUCUGAAUAUUUUCAAGAACGCAACGUUUUUCCAUUCUCGUAUGGUGAAAAACCCUCCACCACCCCCUAUCAACUCCUCUAAUUGGGCAGAAGGUUUCCAGACCUUUUACUACGGAAAUCUCGCUCCUGGAUAUCAAACAUGGGCAGAAAUGCUCCUCGAUGGAAAACCUGUCUCCCUGGGGAAUCCGACGGGGCUACCGGAGCAGUCAGCUAUGGUCGUGACUUACCUCUGCCCGGCCUACAAGGUCAAACCGACCAACUCAUUAUUGUCAUCUGUAUUCGUUGGCUCUGCGACAAUGACGCUUUCAGUGUGGGGUGUCUGGAUGCUCAUAACUAGUUUCGUGGCCAAGAGAAUUUCACCACCACGCGUCCAAUGCGUAUGCGAAAUAUGCGAAAAGCAGAAGGAGGUUGGGAUCGCAGAGAACGACAAACAAGUGGAAGAAGCAAAAGUAAGGGGGCCCAAGACUGGUCUCCUUAGGAGAUUUAAGGCACUAGCAGGAAUUGGGGAGAAAUCAGUGCCCUCUUCAACCUCUGGAAGAGACGAAGAAACCGUGCCAAAUGACCAUCAAGCAUCCAACGAAGAUAGCAAGAUCGAGCCCCCGAAGCACAUAAAGCAUCUCUCUGAAUACAGCACCCUCUCAAAAGGAGAGUAG